GAAACAUUCUCCCUCCAACCCUCCUCCCCCUACCCUCCCGAGUAACCCCGGGUUUGCGCGUACCUCUCCCCGUAGCACCUUACUGCUGGGUCUGAAGAGGCUGUCUGUGCGGCUGGUCGACUGCAUGAAAACACCGGAGCUAAGGGACAGUCCUAACCAUCACUCUCUCGGUAGAAGGGGCUCGUCAUCUUGGGAGGCUAAACAACAUCAUGAUGCUAAGGAGGCAGAGAAAAGUCUCUCAAGAUCAGAACACCUCAAGAAACAACAGCAGAGACCCACAAGGAAGACAUCUCACUGCUGCUCUGACUGUGGGAAGAGUUACACCUCUUCAACAAACCUUAGACGACAUCAGAGAAUUCAUACUGGAGAGAAACCUUAUAGCUGUGAUCAAUGUGGGAAGAGAUUCAAUCAGAGAUUCAAUCUGAAGUCACACCAGAUCAUACACUCAGUAGAAAAACCUCACUGCUGCUCCCAGUGUGGAGCUAGCCUCUCCUCUGCCAGGGCACUAGAAGGACACAUGCGGAUUCACACUGGAGAAAAACCGUACCAGUGCUCAGAAUGUGGGCAGAGAUUUACAUACUCCAGUGGUUUACGGAUACAUGAGAGAAUAAAACACACCGGCGAAAAACCACACUGUUGCUCUGACUGCGGGAAGAGAUUUGUUACAUCACAAAGCUUAAAAGCCCACUGGCGGAUUCACACUGGAGAGAGACCAUUCCACUGCUCUGAGUGUGGGAAGAGUUUCAAACAAGCCUCAACACUCUUUGAACACAAACGAAUACACACAGGAGAAAAGCCUUACCACUGUGAGCAGUGCGGGGGAAGCUAUUCCUCUGCUAAAUUACUCAGAAUGCAUCAGAGGAUUCACACAGGGGAGAAACCUUACCAUUGUGCUGACUGUGGGAAAAGCUUCAGACUGUUGUGUAUUUUAAGAUGUCACCAGCUAAGACAUACUGGAGAGAAGCCCCACCAAUGUACUGAGUGUGGGAAGAGGUUUGCUGUUAAGAGUGGGCUCUGGUUACAUAACAUAGUGCACACUGGAGAGAAAGGCUACCAAUGCCCACAGUGUGGCAAGAAGCUAGGAUCAUCUCAUUCUCUAGAGCAGCAUAAGCGAACACACACUGGACAGAAACCCUUCCACUGUUCCCACUGUAAGUUCAGCUUUGCCACUAAUUCAGCCCUGUACAAACACCAGAGAAUUCACACAGGCGAGAAACCACACAGCUGCAAUGUUUGCCAGAGGAGUUUUGGACGGUCCGAUCACCUGAAAAUUCACAUGCAAAUUCACACAGGAGAAAAGCCAUACCACUGCUCUAAGUGCGAGCGUAGUUUCACUAACAACAGAUCUCUGAAAGAACAUGAGGUCAGACACACAGAUGAUAAACCUCACUGCUGCUCCCAGUGCGGUGCUAGUCUCUCUUCUGCCAGGGCACUGGAAGGYCACAUGCGGAUUCACACGGGAGAGAAACCGUACGAGUGCUCUGAAUGUGGGCAGACGUUUGCACAUAGAGCCAGUCUUGGGACACAUCGAAGAAUACACACAGCACUGCUCUGACUGCAAGAAGAGCUUUCUCAGUGUGAGUCGAGCUGCACAACGCCAGGCGCAUUGAAGAAACACCAGGUUAUACACACUGGAGAGAAGCCUUACCGCUGUGACAAGAGCUUCCUUUGGCAACAGUCUCUCAAAGGACAUGAGCGUAGUCACAAGGGAGAGAAACCGUACUCUUGCUCAGACUGUGAGAACAGCUUUGCCACAAUGGCAACCUUGCAAAUUCACCAGCGAAGACACACAGGAGAGAGGCCAUACCAAUGUCCUUUCCCUGACUGUGGGAAGAGUUUUUCCCAGGCCUUUGCUUUUAAAGUCCACAAGAGAAGGCACACAGGAGAGAAGCCGCACCACUGUGAUCAGUGUGGGAUGAGUUUUGUCACGUCAGGUGACUUGCGAACUCACUCCAAAAAGAAGCACUAGUGCUGCACGAGUGUGGACUCAGUUUUUCUAGAUCCGAUUCCUUAAAAAAUCACGAGAAUCCACACAGGAAAGAGGCGGUACAGCUGCUCAGUGUGACGAGUUACACCAAUAAUGGUCACCUGUUUAGACACCAGCUGACACACACAGGAGAGCAACGUCCUCACUCUUCUGACUGUAAGAUGAGGUUCACCACUAAGAGUCAACUGAUUGGACACCAGCAGAGACCCACAGGAGAGAAACCUCACUACUGCMCCGAGUGCUGCAAGAGCUUCAAGUGUUCAAUGGACCUGAGAACAUGUUCAGCGCAAACAUAGUGGGACAUCCUACCACUGCACCCUCUGUGAGCGCAGCUUCAGCUCCCCACAGCAUCUGAAGUACCACCAGAAGACACACACUGGAGAGAAACCAUUCGUCUGCACCGACUGCAGGAAGAGAUUCACUCAGGCAGGUGGGUUGAGGUACCACAGGAGGAUUCACACCGGAGAGAAACCUCACACCUGUGAUCAGUGUGACAGGCAUUUCAGUAAAAGGAUCAGUCUGCAAUCACAUCAGUUGACACACACAGGAGAGAAACCUGUCAGCUGUGAUGAAUGUGGGAAGAGUUCCACACAAGGGAACCCUGGCUUCACACAAGAGAAUUCACACCUGAGAGAAACCUUACCACUGCUCUCAAACUGAGGGAAAUACUUUACCACCUCAAGUGAACUGAUUAUACACCAGAGAACACACACAUGAGCAAAGCCUAAUGGCUGUGCACAAGAGAACAGACACUGAUAAAUAUUUUUGUCAUUUGUAAAUGAUUCAACACCUAUAGAAACAAUUAUAGAAUGAGCAUCAAGGACACACGGUAACAACUGUGAAAUGUGAACGCUUGUAGGUUGCACUCUUCACCUCACAGUUCCACCUCCGACACCGCCAAAACAACCGCUAUGCAGAUGGUGACUAAAACGGAUCUGAUUGAAUCGAGCCCUGAGAACGGACAUAUUUCUCAACAUACUCACAACUUGCCAUUGGAUACAAUUUAUUUAGAAUUUGGAUGCAGAAAAUGAAGUUCUAGUCGAACACUGAACAUGAUAUUUACCAUCUACUGUUCAAACACUGUAUGGAUCAUGAUAUUUACCAUCUACUGUUCUUCUCUGCACUUCAAAAGGAACACUUGAAAUGUGUAUCUUGUAUUUCUUAGCAUUUGGAUUGUGGGCUCGAUUUGAUUUGGRGCUAGCAGAGACCUGCAUAGCUGGUGUUGUGACGGUGUCUGAGGUGGAACUGUGUCAGAGCUGCCAAACACACAAGCUGUUCCUGUUAUCGUGUCUUUGGCAUCAUUAAAAGUGAAGACUGUUAUUUUAUCAAAUCAAUUCUCUGUA